UAUGCCAAUAUAAUGAAGUUGAGUGGAGGAAUGCCGCAAAAGUUGGUAUUGUUCAUGAGCUAUAUAAGGUCUUUCUAGACACCGGAAAGUUGUAGAACGCGUUUCAAUCCUUAGCCAGUAAACAUGUGGUUCCUUAUUCUCGGAUUUUGCCUGGCAGUGGCUCUUGCCGAACCAGUUCAUAUUCAUUAUGACACGACGCACUAUCAUGGACCACCUGCACCUCUCGAUAAAAUUGGAAGAGUUAUUGACACACCGGAAGUGGCGCAUGCGAAAGCAAAACAUUUAGCGGCUUAUGAAGCUGAAGCAGCUAAAGGUUCCUAUUCAUCGGGCAGUGAAGGUGGAAGUUCCGGUGGUGGUGGUGGUGGUGGUUCCGAGGGACAUGAACAUCAUCAUCAUGUUGUACAUCAUUAUCAUGGACCACCAGCUCCAUUGGAUCAUCAUGGAAAAGUCAUUGACACAAAAGAAGUUGAACACGCAAAAGCCCAUCAUUUCCAUGCUUAUCAAGAGGAAUUAGCCAAGGUCAAACACUCCGAGCCUCAUAGCUAUAUCUAAAAAAAAAAAAAAGAAAUAUUGCGGAUUUAAUUAAUUUUUUUGCCUGUUUGAUAUGAUACUCAAAACCAUUAGAAUUAUUCAUUAAUUUUAAUGGAACCCUGGUUAUUGGAAUUGGGAAUAAAUAGAAACACUCGAUUUUUUUUUCUCAUCCAAAGAAAUCGUUAGUUGCUCCUUAGAAAAAAAAAGGAAUCGAAAAGGUCAAUUAAAAUUUAUUUUUUGAAAAUUUUUUUUAGAAAAACUAGAAACCUGGUUAUCGUAAUUUCAACCAUGAUUUCUAUUUUCUAAAAUGUAUUUUAGAGCUUUGAUAUUCUCUUUCUAUUUUUUUUUUUGAAACAAAAAAAGUGAUUCAAGCUCGAUUCUAUAUAUAUAGUGGAGCAUGAGAUUCUUUUGCAAUAUAUAGAAAUGGUAAAGGGUGUUAUAAUUAUAGUUCUGAGACUAGAGCUCAAUUUUUUUUAUUACGAAUUUUGUAUUUUUGAAUAAAAAAAAAGUUAUAUUUUCUUAUA